AUGGUGCGAACGAAAAAGAGCGUGCCCAUGCACAACCCCUUGAGCAACCCAGACGGGGUGGGCAGCAGCAACGAACCGACGAACAAGACAGUGCCUAGCAGACCAUCACACAAGCAAGUCGCCUCGUCCAAAUCAAAUAACAACGCAGGAACAGGCAAAGGGACUCGAAGUCAAAUUCCGCAAAAGGGUUUGAAGAAGACAACCCGAAUUAGGAGGCCCCAUAGGUACAGACCAGGUGUAUUAGCAUUAAAGGAAAUAAGAGCAUACCAAGCGACUACACAGUUACUCAUUCCUAAAAUACCUUUUGUUCGAGUCGUAAAGGAGAUUACUCGGUUGUUUGAAUUGCCCAAUGAACAACUGCGUUACACCCCCGAGGCCCUGUUGGCACUGCAAACCGCAUCGGAGGCCUACCUGGUCAGUCUCUUCGAAGAUGCCUACUUGUGUUCACUUCACGCAAACCGCGUCACCCUCAUGCCUAAGGACAUACACUUGGCUCGCCGUAUCCGCGGCCGCGACUGA